UGACGAAUUUCGCCCCAAAUCGUAUUCGGAGUUGGCAGCACCCUCUCAGAUUACAAUGAAACUUUCUGGGUAUGUACACCAAGACUAGAUAAGCCACUUUGCAUACUUAGUUUCUUCAAAAUUUAUCUGGACUGACUUUUGAAAAGGGCUAAACUUUUUUAUGGAUUUUUUAAAAAUGUUUUUAAUCAAAAAAUGACUACUCCUACAAAAAAGUGUUGUAUGGGUGAUUAUCACAAAAUAAGUCAAAUUUUAAGAAAAAAAUACUGAAAAAAAUCCAAAAAGGACCCUACACUGAAAAAAAUCAUUUCUAAAAAUUCAAAGUUGAUUUAAAAAAAAACACCAUUUUUGAUUUUGAUGAAAUUUUGUCUCAAGACAGGUAAUUAUGUUCCCUACCAGCCGUCCAUACAUCACAAGAUGGGCACUUUUAAGGAAAAAAGUUUUUCUAACAAAAACUUUUUCAUGUCCAAAUUAUUAUUUUUUCAGUGUCUUUUUUUAAAAACAAACUAAACCAGUGAAGGUUAUCUAGUAAUCUCAAAAUGCAAUGAAACUUAUUGUGUCAUAUGCGACAAUGCAAUGCACCCAUAUUCACGCAGCAGCACUCUAGAAGUACGAAACAAUAUACAAUUAGAACACGCAUUUCAUACGUGCUGCUGUAAUUUCUACCCAAACGUUUCUACCCCAUGUUCUUACCUAAUAUUAGGUAAGGCUAUUUAUUAGAUUCGAACUACCUAAUCGAAAAAAAAAAAAACAAAUCAAGAGUUGUACCUAAAGCAAAUAUGAACAAAACAAGAAAAUGAAUCGGUAUCAUUCAACGUGUUACUUCUCUUUGGUUAUUAAAGGCAGUUCUGAAAAGUAAUGGAUCAAUCGUAUAAAUCAAAAUUCAACAAAUUCAAGUGCAGUGCAAAAAUAAACAAUCCAAAGUGCAACCGUCAUAAUCUACGGGGCAUGUCAUUAAGAUUGAUAGAUAAAAUUCAUUCCAUGGGAUAUACACAUGAAAUCGACGAAUCGAUGAGUAUUUGUGAGUCAUGUCGUGGAUUGAUAAGUCACAACAGAAGCCCGAAUACGAAAAAACGCCGAUCGGAUGGAAACGACGAAACUAUGCAACCAUCAUUUAGUGGGCAGCAACAUCAUGAUGUUCCAGAACCAGAACCGUCAACGAGUGGUCAACAAAUCGAACAUGAGCUGGGUAAGUGUUAGCUUCUUUUAUAUAACUCAUUUUGCAGCUCGUUGCAAAACUACAUUUUUCAGUAUUCUUCGUAUUUAUCCAACCCGGCAAGCCUCGUUGGAUAAAUGUACUACUUGUGCGAAAAAAAAAUCAUUUUUGCAACUCGUUGCAUAAAUAACUAUCAUUAACUUUCCACUGCAUUCAUUAUUAUAUUGUUAACCUUAACUUUUAUCUUACAGAUAUGGUACCAUCUAUUCCAUCAUUGGAGUCAAUUCCGUCAACAGAUCAACUACAGGGUCCCCAUAAUAUUGAGAAGUUUAAUACCAUUGCUGAAACAUUGAGUUUAUCGCCAAUCUCAUCUAGAAACAUGAGAAAUUCAACGGAUGUUGGCAAAGUGGAGGCGUAUGACGAGAUAAUUAUGCAGUUAAAGGAUAAGUUCAAUCACCCUACAACUGACAGAAGCGAACAGAUUAAAAUACUAUCUGUACUUCCUAAGUCUUGGUCGGUAAAUAAAAUCACAAGAGAGUUUAACGCACCAAUGUAUAUGGCGAGGCAGGUGAAGGAUCUUGUUUAUGAACAGGGUAUUCUUUGUACCACCGAAAAAAGAAGGGGGCAUGGUAUUGAUGACGAUACAAAACAAAUAGUAAGAGAAUUUUUUGAUGAUAGUGAUAUCAGCAGGCCAAUGCCAGGAACAAAUGAUUUUGUUUCUGAGGUUCGAAAUGAAAAAAAAACAACAAGUUCAAAAACGACUUUUGAUGAUGUCGCUCAAAGAGGCUUAUAUGAUUUUUGUAAAUAUGUACAAAACUGUGAAUAUUGGUUUCACAGUAUUUACACAGUUGCGACCAAAGCAUUGUAUUUUACUUGAUUCUACUGGUAUACAUAAUGUAUGCAUAUGUACUAUUCAUGAAAAUGUAAAUUUAAUGUUCAACAGUAUAAGAAUUGUGUCACAAGAUGAAAUAAUACAAAAAAUGCUUUGCGAUAUUUCCACCAGAACAGAUAAUUGCUUUUUCCGUGCUUGUGAAAAGUGUGCUUGUAAUGAACACAUUGAAGAGGAACUUACAUUGAUAUUAGAAUCAAAUGACAAAGAAGAGAUUAUAUUUCAGCAGUGGUUGAAUACUGAUCGCUGUAAUUUAGAAACGAUUAUUAAACCUGUUGAUGAAUUUGUUCCGUAUCUUGUUGAUAAAAUUGACAAACUUAUAACACACGACUUUAUUCAUAAACAACAAUCAUCAUUUCUCAGAAAUAAAAAAGAUACAUUAAAGGAUGAUAAAAUUCUUGCGAUUUGUGAUUUCUCUGAAAACUAUUCAUUCAUAAUUCAAAACGCUGCUCAAGGAUAUCAUUGGAACAACUCGCAAGCAACAAUACACCCAUUUGAAAUUUACUAUAUGAAAGAUAAUAAACUUGUAAAUGUUAGCUUCAUUAUCAAAUCGGAAGUAAUGGCUCACGAUACAGUUGCGGUCCAGUUGUUCAUCUCAAAAAUGAUAGAUUUUAUGAAACAAUUAACGAACUUUUCUAAAAUUUAUUUUAUGUCUGAUGGGGCAGCAUCACAAUACAAAAAUAAGAAGAACUUUGCUAGUCUAUGUAGAUUCCAGUCAAAGCAUGCAUUAAGAGCAGAAUGGCAUUUUUUUUGCAACGUCCCACGGUAAAGGUCCAUGUGAUGCUAUUGGUGGCACUCUCAAGCGAAUGGCAAAGAGAGCAAGUCUUGCUCGAGAUUAUGGAAAUACCAUAACAACUCCACGAGAGUUAUAUAACUGGGCAGUUGUACAGACAGAUAAAAAUAUAACUAAAUUUAAUUUCUGUUACGUAUCCACUGAACAGUACAUUAAAAUGUCAGAAGAUCUCGAAGAAAUAUAUAAUAACGCCAAAACAAUACCAGGCACUCAGAAAUUCCAUAGUUUUUUGCCUAUUCCUGGCGACAAAGUAAAGGCAAACAGGUAUUCUAAUUCAGAAGAUGAACCAAAAAUAUUUAGUAUGAUCGGAAAAAAAUAGAAAAGAACAUGUUUGAAAUUGGCUCUAAGACACAUGUAUAUUUGAAAAAUUCAUAAUUAUAAAUAAUUGUAUAUUUAAAAGUGCACUUCAAUACAUAUUGCGAUCAAACAUUACAUUUCCUAAGAAAAUACAUUUGUAAUAUUAUGAAGUUUUUUAUGUAUAGGAAAACCCUUCCAAAUGAUUGAAUAAAUAACACAAAAUCUCCUAGAAAA